GUAAAAGACGGAACAAACACACCCACUGCUCUGGAGGAGGAAAAGGCUUGUGUCGGUCUCAUUAACGUACGUCAAAAGGUGAAGGCAUGGCAGAGCUGGCAGGUUUGGUGCAGAGGUUGGAGAUUGCUGUUGGCCGACUAGAGGCCGUGUCCGGCACUGGAGGGGCAGGUGGCUGUGCUGCAAAUGCCGGAGCUGUGGCACCGUUUGUCAAAGCCUUUGAUGCUCUGAUCUCAGGCUCCAUGGCAGAGUACUUCAGCCUGAGUCAGAAGAUCGGGGGUGAUGUACAGAAGCAUGCUGAAAUGAUGAAGCAGGCUUUCACCAGUCAGAGGCAGCUUCUGGUUACCGCUUCUUGCUCCCAGAAGCCCUCUGAUGCCACCCUGACCUCUCUACUGGCUCCAGUGUCUAAAGUGAUUCAGCAGGUGCAGUCAUUCCGAGAGCAGAACCGCUCCUCUCCACUCUUCAACCACCUCUCUGCCGUCAGCGAGAGUGUGCCUGCUCUUGGCUGGGUAGCCAUGGCCCCUAAACCAGUUCCUUUUGUCAAAGAGAUGCAGGAUGCUGCAAUGUUCUACACAAACCGUGUGCUCAAGGAUUACAAGGAAAAGGAUAAAACUCAUGUGGACUGGGUUAAGGCCUACUUGUCAAUCUGGACUGAGCUGCAGGGCUACAUAAAGCAGCAUCACACCACUGGACUGGCCUGGAGCAAGAGCGGUCCAGUUGCCUCAGCCUCUGGAGCAGCAAGUGGUGGAGCUGCCCCUCCUCCUCCUGGCCCCCCACCUCCCCCAGCUGACCUGGGCAGUGGAGCAGGUGGAGACUCUGGCCCAGUUAGCCACAAUGCCCUUUUUGCCUCCAUUAACAAAGGAGCUGACAUUACUAAAGGGUUAAAGCAUGUGGGUGAUAACCAGAAGACCCACAAGAAUCCGGCAUUAAGGUCUCAGGCAGCCCCUGUACAAACAGGCCCCAAACCCUUCUCAUCCACCCGGCCAGCUGCCCCUGCCCGCGCUCAGCCUGCAGUCCUGGAGCUGGAGGGCAAAAAAUGGCGAGUGGAGAACCAGGAGGGUGCUCAGGGUCUUGUGAUCAGUGAUACAGAGCUUAAGCAGGUGGUGUAUGCCUUCAAGUGCAACAACAGCACUUUGCAAGUAAAGGGAAAGAUCAACUCAAUCACUGUAGAUAACUGUAAGAAACUGGGACUUGUUUUCGAUGAUGUUGUGGGCAUUGUUGAGGUGAUCAACAGCAGAGAUAUUAAGGUUCAGGUGCUGGGCAAAAUUCCAACCAUUUCCAUAAACAAGACUGAUGGUUGCCAUGUGUACCUGAGUAAGGACUCUCUGUCAUGCGAGGUAGUCAGUGCCAAGAGCUCAGAGAUGAACGUGCUGGUGCCUGGCAAAGAUGGAGACUUUAUUGAGAUGCCAGUUCCUGAACAAUUUAAAACUGUAUGGGAUGGCAAGAAACUGGUCACUACAGCAACUGAGAUUGCCUGAUAAAAGCCCCUCCUGUAGGAGACCACCCCUCUUACCAAUGCUUACCUGACUGAUUGAUCUAGCAGCCAAUCAUAAGAAAACUGAAAUGCCAACUGUGUUCACACUCUUUUUCGGCCAGUCCCAGGUAUGGCUGCAUCUUCCUUCAGCCAAUGAGAUGUCUGUUUACUUUGUGGCAUAUAAAAAAACCUUUUUUGUUUAAAACUGAUAGAUAGCACUUCCACACUAGUUGCCAACAAUCAAGUUGUUUUGCUACUUUUAAUCAUUCCAUCAGAGUAAAAAAAUAAAUAAAAUGUGAACAGCCAAAAUAAUAAUGCAAAUAUUGUCUCCAGAUAUAGUGUUAUUUUGCCUUAUUUUUGUCUUAUAAGAAUUGUUGCUUUUUUAUCCUUUUUGUCAUACAGUCAGGAGGCAGUUUUUGGGGUGAGGGAGUCUUAGUAAGUUCUGUUCUAUAUAUGCAAUUCAUUUCUGAAGCACAUGUAUGUCUUUUUCCUGAAAAAAACAAUGCCAACACUUCAGACAUUGAUGGUGACUAUUAAUAUUUGUGGUAUAAUUAUGACAGAGAUUUGUGUUAUGAAAAAAUAGGACCAAAUACAAGAAUUGCAUUCAGACAGAAUUGUUGUUGCUCUUAACACUGAAGCUAAAGGAUAAAAGGAUCAAACUUUUUUUCUUUUCAAUUUCAUACUGUAUUUUAUUGCAUACAACACAUUCCAUACAGCAUUGUAAACAAGCAGUCCAUUAUAUGGCUGAAAAUAAGGUACAGUAAGUAUAGGACCUUCUAUUAAGAACGUGAAUUGUGAUGUUUUUUUGUCAAAACUGCAUAUUAUUUCCACAGAGUUUAAGAAUUCCAAUCGAUAACAACUCAAUGUUAAAUCUAGCUCCUCACUUGAUGGCUAUUUAGUUGUUUUACAAUGCUCAGUAGACAUUUUGAUAGACAAACUCUGCUUUAUCACAUGCUUUUACCUAUCCAUACUUCUGACCAAGUCUCCUAAACUUCUCUUGUAUCACUCAGUCCAUAUGGAAUAUUUGUCUUACUGUCUUUAGUUAUUUUUAUUUGGUCAACAAUUGAAAAUUCUGCUCAUUGUGCAGAAGCUAUUAAAGUUUGUGCAAUUAAUACA